UCUCUAUAGUCGGCUAGACGCUGCCUCUAAUAUCCACAUUCGUGCUUAUAAAAGUAUUUUAAGCGGCAUUAAUUUACUAAAUCGUUUGCCGGCAAUAUGAACAUGGAGGAUUUAUUAAGCACACAAUUUGUGAAGUUAAAAGAAGCUAUGGAUGAUCUUUUUGAAUUGAAAAGCGCUGGACAUGUUUUGGAAUUGAAGCAAUCAUCAGGUGUACUAAUGUUUGUAGCCCUGAAGCACGCAAACCGGAAAGUCAAGCGGAAUAUUAAAUCUGGGCGAGAUGAAUUACAUUUACAAAAAUCUAAAGUGGAUCUGAGCAGAUUGCAGUUGCAAAAUCUGCUGUAUGAAGUUAGCCAUUUAAAGAAGGAAAUCGUGCGGUGUCAGAAAUUCAAGAGUCGCGAUACCUACUUGGAAUUGUUGUCAGAUAAAGAAUAUGCCUCAAAGUUUGCCGAUGAGGGCAGUGAUAAGACAAAUAUGUCCGAUCACCAAACGCAUUUGUAUCGUUUGGAAUGCGAAUUGCGAUUGCGUAAAGAAUUGGAUAAUCAGUAUAGCGCCUUACUUACCUCAAAACAGGAGCUAUUGCAGGAUAAUUUGAAGCAGACACAAAAAUAUCUCUCAUUCGCUCCAGCCCUACGCACGCUCCUCGAAUCAACCAAGCCCUUGCACGAUGCACUGCAGCUGUCCCUCGAUGUCGAAUGGAAAUUAAGCUCAAUAUUCAAGUAUUUGCCACGAGCUCUGUACAUAUUGUUUAUCAAUUUACAAGCCCUCCAGCGUACCAGAAAAGAGUUCGCAUCGAAAGUGGUUGGUUUCGAGAGUGAUCAGCAAAUGCAGGAGUUGCUUUUAGAAACAGAAAAUACAUUGAAGGAACGUCGGCAUUUCACCGAGAAAAGUAAUUCAUGUGAAGCUGUGCCUGAUAAUACCUUGGAUCGUGUCUUGAAAUGUCAUCCUCUUCAUAUACAUCUAGUUAUUGACAGUCCUGAUAAGUCUUCUGAGCUGGUAUUAAUUGUGAGAUAUUGGGAAUUGCUUAAAUGUGUAACCGUUCGGGCACAACUAAACAGCACAAACAACUCCAAUUUUCAAGGAGAUGCCAAUUUGGUUGAGGACCUGCUCGGUCAUUUAUAUCCGGAUGAUACAGGAGAUCAUAUUCCUAUUCCAGGCAUAGAAUAUGAGCUGCAAAACUUAAAUUUAACCGCGGAGCAGUGCCUGGAAUAUUUGGUUGAAAAUGGAUUCGGAAAACCAUAUUGUUGGCUGCAAAGCAUGUGCUCGAUAGCAACAGUCAACAAGAAGCAACAUUUCAAGCAUGAAUUCAAUUUGCAUAAGUGGAUUCGCAAAGUUUUUACGCGGAUCUUGAAACGUUGGCGAUCGUGGCUACGGCUAACUCAGCAAAUUCGUGGUUUGACCUAUAAAGAUGUCGAUCUGUCUGCCUCAAAGGAGAAUAUUUAUCCAGAUGGCUUAUCGUGCAGCCUGGUGCAGUGGACUGCAAUCUCCAGUGAGGAGUUUAACAUCCAAAACGCUGGAUUAAUUUACAAUUUGACGCCAUCGAAUGGAAUUACGUACACUUCCUAUAGGGCUGUAAUUGUACGUGGAUCUGCCAAAAUGGAGUGCUUCAUUCGAAUCCCCAGCAAUUAUCCCCUAGAUAUUCCACUUUGGAUCCUAAGUGUACACUGGAAUGGACGACACACCUCAAUGAACAAUGCGGCUAUAAAAAUGAUGGAAUUUUGGACGAACUCCUUGCAGCCGUCACAACUGAAGAAGGGCAAUCGACUGCUAUACUCCCAACUGUUUCGUACCAUAUAUAGUUUCGAUAUAUUCCUUGAAACGGAAGGUGCCAUGCAGACAGUUCGGGAAUACAACAAAGAGAAACCAUAUAUUAGUACAUUUACGAAACGAAUUCGUUUGCGUCCAUAUAAGUACAUAAUGAAGGGCUCUACAUUUACAUUUAAGCAAUAAAUAAAUAUAAGUUUUUAACAACGCCAA